AUGGAGCCAGUCCCCGAGACCGAGAGCCUGGAAAACUUCCAGUCCUCUCCCCUGCCCACGUUACGGCUUCAGCAGCCUAGGGCCAUUUCUACACGCGACUUCGAGUUCAAUCGCAAGCCUCCGACAGUCAGACGGUCUACUGAACCGACGUCGCCGAGCUCGCCGGCUUGGGCCACCCCGCCGGCGUUGUCUCUGCCAUAUCGGCCGAGGACAACGUCGCCGCUGUCAGGUACCCACACGAGAUCCAAGUCCGCUGCGAGUCUUGCUCCUCCCAGCAUGUCGCGCACGAGAUCUAUGCCCGGCUUUGAUGUUGCCGGUCGCUUGUCAUCACCUCUGCUCCGUCCAGAAAGCCCGUCGGGAUCCCCUAAUAGAACGAGACAGCGUCGAAAGCCCGCUGAUGAGGCGUUCCCGCCCACGUCGCCUAUCCGUUCGUCAGUCCUGGAGAGCAGCGAGAGGUUACAGCACGAAGGGGCAGCCCUCGGUCAUCGGCGGACCGAGUCCCCUCUGCGACACGCCAUACCCAUCCCUCCCGCUUCGCAGGCAACUACGUCUCUGCCCUCGACGCCGUCGUCCGUUGCCACGUCACCGUCGUACCGGUACGAUAUGAAUUCCGGUGGCUACAAUUUUCCGUCUUAUUAUCCGCCAUCCUCGGUGCCAUCCACUCCUACGUCGAUCAGAUCUCGGAGCCCCAGUAUCUCUAGCUUGGAAACUAUUCCAGACUCUCCAGACGCUGAAGAGGCUGCAUUGGAAGAUGAGCGGAUGGCAAAGCUGCGAGCAGCGGCCGAAGGCUCAGACGGGGAGGACUCUUCUGGUGAAUCCAAGGGUAGGAACAGUGCAGACCUGCAACCGCGCGGCAGAACACUGGGUCUGGGUUCCAGAGACAAGCGGAAGCGGUGGAGUGUUUGCGGUGCCGAGAGGAGAGGCGACAUUGACCUCGAGACGAUUUGGGAGGACUGA